AUGCUUUCGGUUCCUGUUGGCAAUCGCUUUGUGCAGUUUACGCUUGGCGGCUAUGCGCGGCUUCUCUUUGCCAUCCUGGUCUUGGUGGUCGAAUCCGCAGUGCGCCUCGUCUUCAUGUUCGUUCCGCAGCCAGUGACGUCCGGCCUCGACUUUGUCCGCGCCCAUCUCAUCCGGCAAGGAGUGCGCCUGUUCAGAGGAUACAUGGACGCCAAUGAAGACCCUGCGAUGGACAUGACCACCGUGCAGCUCAUUCAGCACUUUGGAUACACGGCAGAAGAGCAUAUCGUCAAGACGGACGACCGAUUCGUGCUGACACUGCAUCGCAUCCCAAGACGCAAGAAUGAAAGCCAUUCGGUGAAUGGUGAUCGACCGGCGGUCUUCUUGAUGCACGGGCUCAUGAUGUGCAGCGAGGUCUGGGUUGCGACAAACGACUCGCUGGCAUUCAUGCUCGCAGAUCACGGGUUUGACGUGUGGCUGGGAAACAACCGUGGCAACCGAUACAGCCACAAGAACACAAAAUUCAAGCCCUCGCAAAACCACUUUUGGGAUUUCAGCGUUGACGAACUCGCGCUGUACGACGUUCCCGCCAAUCUCAACUACAUUCUCGAUCUGACUCAGCAAAAGACGUUGAGCUACGUUGGGUUUUCGCAGGGCACAGCCCAAGCGUUCGCCAGCUUUUCCCUCAAUCCCCAGCUCGCCGCUCGUGUCAACAUGUUUGUGGCGCUUGCUCCUGCCGGCCGUGCCAAAGGCCUCAAGAAGGGUGUGAUUGGCAGCUUUGUCCGCCUUGCCCCAGACUCGAUCUUUCUCAUGUUUGGAGCAAAGGCGUGCAUGCCGUCCGCAUUGUUCUGGCGCAACCUGCUCGCUCGAAACUCGUUCACGUCGCUCAUUGACGCCAGUUGCCGCUUGCUGUUUGGCUGGCGCAUGGCCAACUUUGGCUCCCAGGAUCGCAAAAACAUGCUCUUUGCGCAUCUGUUCAGCUACACGAGCGUCAAGACGAUUGUGCAUUGGUUCCAGAUGGUCGCCAUGAACCAGUUUCAAAUGUACGACGAAAACCAAGAUUUGGCCAAGACGCCCUACCGAGGCACCACACCCAACCCAUACCCCGUGCACCAAAUCAAGUGCCCCAUGGCCAUCUUCUACGGCGGCGCGGACGGCAUUUGCGAUGUGCAGUGGCUCCUCGACCAAAUGCCGAAAAACACCUUCAUCCACCGCCAAGACGAGUACGAGCACCUGGAUUUGAUCUGGGCGGCCUCGGCCUCGACCUGUAUCUUCCCCAAGGUCAUUCGUAUCAUCAAGGAGACGGUUGAGCGCGAAGCCGAGCACGAGCUGCAACGACGCAAGCGUGAAGAAGAGUGCGCGCACGAAAUUGAGCUGCUCGAGCGCGCAAACGACAUUAGUGUCGCCUCUGCCAAUGCAGGCCGGCAUUUCCAACGGCGGAUUAGUGCCCAUUUAUCCAGCAGCACAUUGCUACCCUGCGAGUCGCAGGACUCUGGCAUUGAUCCUGAUUUGUGAGAGACUGUUGUUUUAGUGUUUUUUGUUGAAGCGGUUUUGUUUUUGUUUCCUUGUUGUUUUGUUUUGUGUUUCGAUUGAGCUUUCCAAGUAAACCCAUCAUUGUCAUCGCCA